GAACAAUAAAGCAACGCCCCCUAAACGGUUCUCUUUUCUCCUUCGCCAUAUCCACUGUCCCUUGAGUCUAGGGCAGAGUCCCCUCUGCCUUAGACACUAACUACCCACCCAACCACAAUGGCCUUCCAGGAUUUCGAGCAAAUCACUGAGCGCCGAAGAAACGAGAACAGACUCAAGCUCAGGAAGAAGAUCUUAAUCAGCGUGGUUUCCGCCGUUCUUCUUGCAUGCGUGGUUGGCGCCGCCACAUUCGUGGUUGUCCAGAGAACCGGUGGUUCCUCCACAAAAACCGCAACCCCAAUACAAGAAGCCUCCGCGAGGCCACACGUGGACCAAAGCUCCAGGCUGGUAGAAAUGAUCUGCAGCUCCGCGGAGUACAAAGAGAAAUGCAAGAAAACCCUCGGUGAGGCUCUGGAGAAGGACCCGAAGCUGACGGAGCCCAAGGACCUGCUCAAGGUCUCCUUUAUCCUUGCCGAGAACGAGAUGAACAAAGCCUUCAACGAAACCACGAAAAUGGAGUUCGCGUCGGCACAGGAGAAAGGCGCGUACAGUGAUUGCAAGGAGAUGUUCGAUGACGCCAAGGAUGAGCUGAGACGUUCGAUCGACGAGGUCGGAGAAAACGAUGCCAAAGUACUCUCCACGAAAGCUUCAGAAAUCAACAACUGGCUCAGCGCUGUUAUGAACUACGAGCAAACCUGCAUCGAUGGGAUUCCCGAAGGAAAGAUGAGGGAAGACUUCACGAAGCUAUUCGCCGAGUCAAGGGAGCUUGUGAGCAAUGCCCUUGCCGUUAUGUCGCAGUUUGCUUCGUUCUUUUCGAUCUUCCAAGGAGCUGGGAACAUUCACCUUCCAUGGGAAACCAACGAUAAAGAUGCACCUGCCCCUGCUUCUGCUUCCGGUUCUUCUGCUUCUUCUGCUUCUGCUCCUGGUGUUGCCCCUGCAGGUUCUGCUCCUGCUCCUGGUUUCGCUCCUCGUGCUGCUCCGGUCCCAAUGCCUUCCUUGGAUGAUCCACUUCCAACAUUGCCUAUCCCUGCUUGGGCUGGCCCUUCUGAGUUCAAAGGAUCAGAUGAGAAACCCACACCCAAUGUCACCGUCGCACAAGAUGGAAGCGGAGACUUCAAAACCAUCUCUGAAGCCUUGGCUGCCAUCCAGACACCAUACGAGGGAAGGUACGUGGUUUAUGUUAAAGCUGGAAUUUACGAUGAGACCGUGACAGUGACAAGGAAAAUGGUAAACCUAACCAUGUAUGGUGACGGAGGUGACAAGAGUAUCAUUACUGGGAACAAAAAUUUCGUUGAUGGAGUCAGAACUUUCCAAACUGCAUCAUUCGUGGUACUGGGAGAUGGAUUCUUGGGAAAAGAGAUGCAAUUCAGAAACACUGCAGGAGCAGAGAAGCAUCAAGCAGUGGCUGCAAGAGUGCAAGCCGAUCAAGCAAUGUUUUUUAACUGUGUCUUUGAUGGUUACCAAGACACUCUCUACGCCCAAACCCACAGACAGUUCUACCGCGACUGCACCAUCACCGGCACCAUCGACUUCAUCUUCGGGGACGCAUCAGCAGUGUUUCAAAACUGCACGAUAAUGGUGAAAAAGCCCCUUGAAAACCAGCAGAACAUAGUGACUGCACAAGGGAGACUAGACAGGCAAGAAAACACUGGGUUCGUUCUGCAGAAGUGUGUGAUCAAAGCUGCUGAUGACUUGGUCCCGUUGAAGGGGACGGUGAGGAACUACCUCGGAAGGCCCUGGAAGGAGUACUCAAGAACCAUCAUCAUGGAGACUCAAAUAGAAGACUUGAUUCACCCAGAUGGGUGGCUUCCAUGGGAAGGGGACUUUGCACUCAAAACGCUGUACUAUGGUGAGUUCAACAACAAUGGAGUAGGUGCCAGCACCAGCGCUAGGGUGAACUGGCCUAACCGCAAAGUCAUUGAUAGGGAUGAGGCUACCAGGUACACGGUUGAGGCUUUCUUGCAAGGGGCAUGGAUCAAUGGCACAGGAGUCCCUGCUCAACUGGGCUUGUACUCUUAAACCGUUUUUUCUCUUCAAUCAUCAAUAUUUUUACCUUCUAUUGC